CGACGUCUGUGUUGUCAAACUGACAAGCAUUUACUCGUAGCGGAGCGCUGACUUAGUCAUCGAUUCCCGAGCCAUUCGUAGCAUAAACAGCAUCAGUUCGUCCGACUCGUACGCAGCCUCUUCAAGCUGUGACGUCACCUUUGGCCAAAUUGACAGGCUGCGAAUAUCGUUCUCUUUCUCGUACUUGAAGCGCUUCAUCAUCCGCAACGCGUACGCAUUCACGUCGACCGGGUAUAAAUACACAAACAUGAACGCAGCGUAUGAACCCGAGAAGAUCCUCUUAACCAGUGCUGCUUCUGCAAUCGCUCCUUCGAUCACAAUACGAGCCUUAGGGUGCUGUCGGAAGAUGGAGUGAAUAUUUAUCACAAAUGCGUCCAUGACAGGGGCAGGUAAAGCAUUCUUGUACAUCUUGAUCGCUGCCGCCUCGUCAAGCCCAAAAGCUUCCCCGGUGCUCUUCACCACUUCAUCCAACUCCACCACUGUAUACCCUUUCAAGCGAUUUGAGAAGUACGUCUUUCCAGCGCCGCUUUUCGCUGUCAGGAACACAUACCUGGGUCGGAGCUCGUUGAUCCGCGUGAUUGCCUCCUCCAUCGAUCUGUACUCACAACAUGCAAUGCACUCAAAUACCACCUUAAGUACGAUUGUAUACUCCCGAAUGAGUACAGUUUAUCGCUCUUCAUCUGGGCCUUCCUGCCCCAUUGCGUCCUUCGUCUUCGCGCUGUUCGGGUUCGGUCCAUGGUCCGGAAGAGGGGGAAGAAGAGAGGUACACCACUGUGCAUACACCUCCCACGUUUAAUGACGUAAAUUUCCGCUCAAAUUCUGUCCAUUUUCUUCCUGUAGACGCCCACGCCGCGACCCAAGACGCCCCUGCCACCUAUGAUGCCGCCACUUUAGCCGAGGCGCGCGAGCUUCAGGCCCAGGAGUUGGAGGUGCUGCAAGCCAUAUAUGACUGUGAUCUGGUGACGCAGAGUUCCACGCCGUUGUACUCGUAUAUUUUUGCCAUUCGACUGCUAUGUGAGGCCACCCCAGGUUCAGCAACGACCGCCGAAGUGCUGCUGCAUUUCGACUUCACAAGAGCCUAUCCUCUCAAACAACCGCCCAACAUUACAGUGGAAGCCAAGCACGGACUGUCAGACACGGAGACACAAAAACUACAGCGCGGAAUGGAGAAACUCGCGCUCGAAAAGGUCGGAGAUGCCGCGGUUUAUGACCUCGUGGUGUUCGCCACAGAUUUCAUCCAGGACCAUCUUAAAGACCAGUCAUCGUUCUUCGACCAGAUGAUGACGCGUCAACAGGACAGAGAAACCAAAGAAAAACUGGCGGAGGACGCGCUGCUGCAACAACAGGAGGAGCAAGCCAAAGCCAAGAAUGAGGAGAUUCUGGCGCUGAUUGACGCCGAAAGGAAGAAGAGAGAAAGCAUAAAGAAGACGAGACGGAGGCGGAGACGACACCGAUCAAGUAUUGAUGGAGAGGAUUACGGAAGCGACGGAGAGAGUCGAGACGACGUGGAGAGUCUGUCGAGUAUUUAUGAACAGCAGACCGAGGCGAGCUCGAAGAGAGAUGAUGCCAGCUCGUUACGUUCGUCGGACUCGGACUCAGAUACGUCGGAUUUGGAUGCUGCAGCAGCUGCGGAACGAUACCACUCGAGAUAUCACGGAGACUUUAAGGAGCUUGGACUUUUGGGACGUGGAGGAGGAGGUGAAGUGGUGAAGGUGCAGAAUCGCCUGGACCGACAGCUCUAUGCUGUUAAGAAAGUGAAACUGGAUCCGGAUGAUAAGACGAUGAAGAAGAAGAUCUUGCGUGAGGUGAAGACUAUUUCACGAAUGCAGCAUCGACACAUCGUGAGGUACUUCCAGGCGUGGAUUGAGGGCGAAAGCGGAAUGUCCAGUGACGACGAAGAAGAGGACAGUGACUUAAGUGAUGAAGAGAUUGAGCUAAGUGACGCCGUCGUAAGUGGGAAAGAAGAUAUAUACGGGGAUGUGAGUCUUUCGUCCGAUGGAUUGGGGCCCAUGACCUCUACAGACGAAGACGAAGACGACUGGUUAGGCACGAUGGGUAGCAGUACAGGACUGUGGUCGACAUCUCGCCAUGAUACCCGUAGUCUCCGCAGCAAUAGCCACUCAUUCCAUUUCUCUUCGCAUCAUUUAGCGUCCGAAAACUAUCCAGAGGAUGGAUUCGAGUGGGAGGCACUGGAAGAAGCUCCAAUGGAAGAGAUGGAUGACUCCAGCGACGAUGAAGACGGUGGAUAUCAUCAAAAGGUAUUGCCACAUAGAAAUCCUGUACCCGAGAAGAAGCGGAAGUUCGAGAAAUUGUACAUCCAGAUGGAAUAUUGCGAAGGGAAUGCUCUCAGAGAGGUGAUUGACAAGGGAGCACUGUGGAAAGAUCCCGACAAGAUCUGGACGAUGUUCCGCCAAAUCCUGGAGGCUCUCGUGUAUAUUCAUCGACAGGGUAUCAUCCACCGCGAUAUCAAACCGCCCAAUAUCUUCCUUGACUCCGAAGGAACCGUCAAGUUAGGCGAUUUUGGUCUAGCUGUUCGCCCUCCCAAGGUCUUGGAAGAUGACAGCAACGACGACUCUACCCCACCCGGAGAAACUGCGACUGGCACUAUUCUGUCCGAGUCGACGGGGUCUUCAGCUGCUGAGCUGUAUGGACGUUUGAAGCUGGAGAACUUGGAGAGUACGCGAGUUGUCGGGCGGUCAAGUGUACAGAACAGUAACCUCAUGACGACAAUGUCAGCGGAUGUGGGCGACGGGAAUAUCACUGCUGGAGUCGGCACAGCGUUCUAUCGAGCACCUGAGCAGGAACGAGAAGGCCAGCGAUACAAUCAGAAGGCAGACUUGUUCUCACUUGGUAUCUUGUUCUUCGAGAUGUGGUCGCCGCCGUUCACAACGUUGAUGGAGCGUGCACAAGCACUUACUGGACUGAGAGAAAGACAUGAACUUCCAGAAGCUUUCAGCGUCUCGGAUGAUGUUAAGAAAAUAAUUCUGUGGCUUUGCGAACGUGACCCAUCCAAGCGACCAAAUGCAAAAGAGUUGUUGGCGAGCCCUCUCUUGCCUGCCAAGAUAGAGGUUGAGGGGUCCUAUCUUCGUGAAGCUCUGGAUACACUCGCAAACCCGCAGGGCAAGUUCUUCGGACAGCUUAUUGAUGCCCUGGUCUCACAAGAGCCUCUCAACCACGUCGAUUACACCUACGACCACCUGGAGUCCGUCAAAAUGCGCAGCUACGAGGUCCAACUGCGCACGAAAACUUACGUCAGGAAUGUGCUACAGAAAGUGUUCGAGCGUCAUGGAGCGGUUGAAAUGUCGACGCCGUUGCUAAUGCCACGACUGUCGGAGCAGACCUUUAACGGUAUCACUCUUAAUGCUCCACCGAACGCAUCAAUGAUGCUGGAUGGUAAUGGCGUGUCGGUGUCGCUGCCAUUUGAUCUGACUGAGAGACUUGCGCGGUUUGUUGCACGACACAACGUUUCAAGGCUCAAAUGUUUCCAAUUCGACCGAGUCUACCGGAAGAGUGUUGGUGGCGGUCAUCCGCGUGAGUUUAACGAGUCGGAUUUCGACAUUAUUUGGGACGAUGGAGGUUCUUUCCGAUUCCUGGAGCUGGAAGGUCUAGAAGUCGUGUCUGGAGUGAUCAGAGCGUUACCAAGUCAUCUAGGAUCCUACUAUCUACGCUUCAAUGACGCCCGAAUGACGCGCGGUAUUCUCGAUCUAUGUCGGGUUCCCAGUAGUGCACGUCGCGAGGUACUGCGUCUGCUUUCAAACGAGGUUUCGUUCUACGUACACGCUGGUCCGCCCGCCACGCAAGCACCUAGCUUGAAACCGAGUCGUUGGAAGUUCGUAGCCAAGCGACUGAAGCAUUACGGUGCACCACCAAGCGCUAUUGAGGCACUAAAGCCAUUUUUCCUGUUACCUGAAGACUGUCUGACGUCGCUGGAUAUGAUCGAGUUGGAAAUACAGAAACUGUUUGCCAAGAAUCGAGCUCUUACAACUCGUGACUCGACCACAGACACAGAUGGUGAGACUGGCUCUUCAUCUGCAGACCGAAAGCAAAUUCAAAAGCGGGAUAUCCAGCUGCGACGUGUUGUGAAGGACGUGAAUGAGGGCAUCACGUCGUUGCGUUUGUUGCUGCAGGGUAUGCAGUUCCUCCAGCUGUCCGGUCCGGUGUGCAAACGAUUAGACUUGGGGCUGAGUCCGCGUCCAGAGAGGUAUUCGUCAGGUUUCAUCUUCCAGGCUAUUCUGCUUGAAGAGUCCACUAAUGGUGGCAAUAAUGCUGGUAAAGUUGCAUCGCUGUUAGUGGCAGCGACGGAUAACCAGAUCAUCAUCGCCGAGGGUGGACGCUACGACGCACUGGUUUCACGUUUCCAGCUCACGACGGCGUACGCGAAAGCCUCUGCAGUCGCUGCUAUGGGGGUGCGUUUUGCCAUCGAUAAGAUUGUUUCGUUACUCGCUGAUUCCAUGAAUUCUGCGUUGUUGGAGAUGAAAUCACCAGCCUCAGAAGUAUUGACUGGUGGCCGCAAGGUCCUGAUCUGCUCAGCUGGUAAGGCGUCCGAUACGAUACUGUUCCGAAUGCAGAUUGCCAUGCUCUUAUGGGGACAGGGCAUCGGCGCAGACUAUCUUCACCCAGAACCGCUGCAUCUGGAAGACUUGGAAGACUAUUGCGCACAGCAAAAUGUACAUUGGAUGGUGAUCGUUCAGAAGCAUAUGAUACGAGAUAAACAGCAAGUGAAGAUUCGAGCGGUGAAAAGCCAUUCUGAAGCUGACGUGGUAACGAAUGUGGCGUCGUUAUCGGAAUGCAUCAGCGAGUUGCUGGCAAACUUUGGCAAACACUCGCAUGGCGAUACUACAACUGGUGGUCGUGGAAACAAUCAUUUUGCUGACAAUAUGAACAACAGCAACAGCGGUGGUGGCGGCAAUUCCUCGUCGAAUGGCAAUACGUUGCAACCAAUCUUUGAUGUAAGGGUGGUCGACGCGAAGUACCAAUCAAGGGACAGAAAUUACCGCAACUAUCAGCUUGAUACGCAGAAGGUUCAGCGUCGCGUGUCCAAGUGGAUCUCGUCCAGCUUUUCAUCGCGAGGGGAGGAAGCCAUGAAAGUGCUGAGUGUUGAUCUGCCGUUUGCGUUGGUACGCGAGAUGUCAUCAGCACUGAUGGAAGAGGGACGCAACGGCAUCGACACUGUAUGUGCUAAUAACCCAAGGUACCGGAAACAACUCAAGUAUACCAUGGAGGAGGUGCUAUCGCUCACUCCGAAUUCGAACUCGCGCGGCGUAGGACGUGAGCGAUAUGUGCUUUUACACAGCAUGGUAGACGAUCGAUACGACAUGAUGUCGCUCGCCCCACCGUCCAAAUCUAGCGGUCGUAAGAGAUAGAAAACAGCCCAAGGGAAGAUAGCAUUUGUAAACACAAAUACAAUACCAAUCGAGUACCAGGAUCA